UUGAUGUCGAUUUUUUAGUGUGUUGUGUUGUGCGGAGGGUGGAUGUUUGUUAUUUCCUCGCAUCUCGGGGAAUACGGUUUUGUCGUUAUUAUGUAAAAUUCCCUUUCUAAACUUGUACGCUACGAUCUGAAACUGACAAAAACUUUAGCAAAAUGUCGACAGUUCUGCUAGCAGUUAUUGCGGUCAUAUUGUGUGUACUUUUCAGAAUAUUGAACGUUAACAGUCAGCCUCAAAAACCUGUGAUCUUUGGGAGAGAUAGAAAUUUUAUUGAGAACAUAUUAUUUAUAUCACCGUUCCUAAAUGAACCAUACGUACCGACUCGACUGUGGGGCUUCAGCGGGCAUGUCCAGACUAUUCUGCAUAGUCUAAUCGGGCGAGUCCGUUGCCCCUGGCCUAUAGGCGGCCGAGUGUCGCUGGUGCUGCCCGAUAAGUCGACCCUCACCUACGACCUCUAUGAACCCGUUGGGAAUGAACAUGAAGAUGACGUGACGGUGGCGAUCUGUCCCGGCAUCGGCAACACCUCAGAGAGUGUGUACAUCCGCACCUACGUGCACUACUCUCAAUGUCACGGCUACAGGUGUGCCGUGCUCAACCACAUCGGAGCACUCAACAGCGUCCCAGUGACUGGCAAUCGGAUCUUUUCUUACGGCCACACCGAUGACUACAACUAUAUGGUGGAGAACCUUUUGGAGCGGUACCCCAACACGAAACUAAUUCUAGUCGGAUUUAGUCUUGGCGGCAACCUUAUCUCUAAGUACCUGGGAGAGGACAGAAAGAGACCCACCAACAUAAUUGGCGGGAUUUCAAUAUGCCAGGGAUACAAUGCUAUUGACACAAUGGUGUACCUCUUGCAAUGGCAGAAUUUCCGUCGGUUCUACCUGUACAUAAUGACAGACAACUACCGCAACAUCAUCACGAGACACAAGAGGAUGCUGCUCAGCCCAGAAAUGAAGAACAGAUACAAUCUGGAUGAGAAGAUGAUUGUGUCGGCUGGAACAUUGCCCGAUCUUGAUGAGGCUUAUUCUAGGAGAAUGUACGGCUUUGAAUCAGUGGCGGAUCUCUACAAGUGGAGUUCGUCGGCAUUCUACCUCAAGAAUAUAAAAACCCCGAUGAUUUUCAUCAACGCACGCGACGACCCCAUUGUUCCCGAACCUCUAUUGCCAAUCGUCAGGGAAUUUGUCAGCUCGCACGAUAAGGCGAUGUAUCUAGAACUCGCUCACGGCGGUCACUUGGGAUUCUACGAAGGAGGUCUGGUGUACGCUAACCCGGUGAACUGGCUGGACCGCGCGCUGGUGGGUCUGGCCGGCGGACUGCUCAUGGCGCACAACAAAUGCUCACACAAAGAUGUCGCCGUCUCCGCCGAAUGCGUACCCUCGGACGACGAACCUGAUCUCAUCAAAUCGGCUACCAUCGUAUACCGCGACCCUUUAGAAAAAACGGCCCAAGCAGCAUACUAGACAUUAGUUCUUUAACUCGUGGCUCAUAGAGCACUUUGAUAUACUUAUGUGUCUAAUAUUUAUUAGAAGAAAAAAAAACUAAUAUAAAAUUACUGCAGUCCAUUUCAUCGGCAGUACAUUUUUUAUAAAGUACUUAAAUUGAGUUAUAAGUACAUAUUUUGGAGGUAACGAUUCUCCGCCACGUUUUUAUACGUCCUAAUAAAUAGUUGCUAUAUUGAUUAUUAUAGAAGGCAAACCCGUAUUUACCAAAGCCUAGUAUGGGAACGCGUUAGUUCCCGUUAUGCCUUAAGUAAGAUAUUAGGCAGGACCUAAUAGGGAAUUUAUUAUAAACAGCACAUAGCUUUUUAUAAAUAUUUAUUGUGAACUCGUUGAUUAGUGUUCCCCAGGCUCUAUGUCAAAUUGUAUGUGAGUUAAUGUUUAUUGUUUUAUGUUGUGACUAUAAGAUGUGAUCUGGCGUGGCGUAAAUAGUUUAUAUUGUAGUCGAGUUGUUUUCCGAAGCAUUACAUUUUUAUAUCAACGAUUUUACAAGCUAUAUAAAUAUCAAUAGUCGCUUUGAAAUGCGGACUGUUGUGACUAGCACAAAACAUGUUUGCAUUUAUGAAACUGCUUUCCACAUUUACUAAAUGUUUAUGAAGCCACGCCUUAUUGCACAAAUUUUAUUCGAAUGCACACUGAAGACACGGGCCUUAGUUGUUUUUUCAAGUUGUGAUAUAUUAUAGCCAAUUGUUUAUGUAUUUACUGUUGCAUUUUAAUUGAUGUGCACUUGUGUGGAAAGUAUAUCAGCCGGGUAACAGCUAUUUCUGUGUAACGGCUAUGGGUUCUAGUCCCUGAUGAGUAAGUUAUGUAUUAUUAUGUAACAUUGUUGUUUGAUACAAGUGAGAAUCAUUAGUGACUACAAACUUACGAGUACAUGGAUUUUAAAUAUUUA